GUAUGUCUAGCUAGGUAGCCAAAUUAGCAGGAAUGUUAAGUUAUCUAGCUACGUUAACGUCAGCUAGCAAACUGAAUGGAUACUGACUGAGCAGGUGCAAUGUGGGCUGUGAAGUCCUUAGCUCGCCAGCCAGUUAUCUCGUAAACCAGUCAGUCACUGCUAGUUAGCUGUCUAGCUGAUUUCGCCGUUGUGCUAACUCUAGUUCUGUUGUUGUCAAUGAAGAUCUGCAACACACUUGACAGAUGGGCGGCCUGGCCAGAUUACGCUGUUCAAUUUGAUUAGGCCCUUCUAGCUACAUCAGUUGGGUCAAGUUAGCUAGCUAGAUUGCUGGGCUAACUACAACAAGCAUGCACUGCAUCGGCUGUACAUGUAGUCCCACUAGUUACAGCCUUGUAAUAAAAUGAUGGCCUCCAAUUUCAUAUCCAAGAAUAGUGCAUGUGAUAGGCUACACACUUAUUAAAAUCAUCAAUGACAUAAUGAAUGGUAAUAACUCAUUAAUGACACCGGUCAAGUACUGUAUCUUCACACGUCUACACUCUUGUCUUCUAUCUCUUUACUAGUGUAUUUCUCCUGUUGGCUUGUCAUGCUUUUGCGCUGAUUAAGUGUCUUAAUUACAUAGUCAGGGCUGUUUUGUUUCCUGACACUGGAGCCAUUUAACUCUACUGGACACCCUUUUGUUUUGGUUAAACAAGUUGAGCUGGUUAGAGCAAAACUGGCCCUAUUUUGUUACAUUGCAUAUACCGAUAUGGGUUGUUCAUUCAUGGUCAUCUCUCUAUGUUGCUGAUCUCAUCUUGCCACAGGACAGCGAGAGAGAAUAGAAAGGAUAGACUGAUUUCCACGGGUGAACACAAGUCCGGACCGGGAAUGACAACUGAAUUGCAUUGCUGAUCCUUGCGUUUCUUUACUUGCAGUUGAUGUGAAAUGUUGAUGUGUGAGAAAAAAUGAAUAAGCACAAAAUGAUUACUGAGAAAGGCGUUCCCAGUAACUCCAGGGUGCUGAUGUUGUUUGGCCAGCUGGAGAAGCUGAACAGGGAGUCCAUGCUGGUGGACCCUGAGAUCGCCAGGCAGAUCACUGCCAAGAUCCUUCACCUCAUACAGACUCAAGAGAAGACACGGAAGGAGAUCGUGUCCAAGGGUUCCAGUGGAAUGGAGGUUAUCCUGGCGACUUUGGAGAACACACAGGAUCUGCAAUCUAUCCUGAACAUUUUGUACAUUCUGAAUGAGCUGUUAACCGUGGGUGGGGGUCGCAGGAUUGGUGUGUUUGUGUCCAAGGGUGGCACAGGCAUCUUGCUGCAGCUGGUCAUCAGUGCCAGUAAAGAGUCUCCCCCUAGUGAGGAGGUCAUGCUGCAGCUCCACUCAGUCCUGGCCAAGGUUGGACCAAAAGACAGGAAGUUUGGUGUGAAAGCCCGUCUGAACGGAGCUCUGAACGUCACUGUGAACCUGCUCAAACAAAACUUGCAGAACUACAAGCUGCUGCUGCCCUGUCUGCUGGUUCUACAGGUCUACUCCUCCAACACUGUGAAUGCUGUGUCCCUGGGGAAGAAUGGAGUGGUGGAGCUCAUGUUCAAAAUCAUUGGACCCUACAGCAAAAAGAACACCAGUCUGCUGAAAGUAUCCCUGGACACACUGGGGGCCUUGCUCAAAUCCAAGACGAACGCCCAGCGGGCGGUGGUCCAUGUGCCCAUCCUGCUGCACAUCUAUCAGGAUUGGCACCGCAACGACACGCGCCACCGCCACAUACUCAUCCGCAAGGGCAUCCUGGGCUGCCUGAAGAACAUCACCAACAUCAAGCUGGGCCGCAAGGCCUUCAUCGACGCUGACGGGAUGAGGAUCCUCUAUAACACCUCCACUGAGUGCCUGCCAGUGAGGACUCUGGACCCUCUGAUCAACACCUCCAGCCUCAUCAUGAGGAAGUGCUUCCCCAAGAACCGCCUCCCUCUGCCCACCAUCAAGAGUGUCUUCCACCACCAGCUGCUUCGUGUACCUGCAGGAGGGCCAGUCGCUCAGCUCUACAACCAGCCACUGGGGAGAGGACCCAUUUACCAGUUCUACACCAAGCCCCCAUGGGUGGAUGAUGUGGUGGACGAGAGCGACAAUAAUGAGGAUGCAGAGGCCGAGAACGACAUGGAGAACGAGGUGGAGGAGAAGGACCACCACGCUGGGAAUGAUGACAUAGAAACGGACAUCAAUAACCUGAGACCCAAAGAGACCCAUAGCAGGCCGUUUGAAGAGCUGAAGAUCUAUGAGAGAUUCUUUAUGGAGCUCUCAGAGGAUUUCCAGGUGUUUAACUUUGACAACCCAAAGAAAGGUGUGACGGCCACCCCAGCAGCUCCCAAGUCUCACCGCCCAAUCAUCGUUCCCACCGCCCAGGCCCUGCCCCCGAAAAACCCCACUGCUGCCCCCCUUCAGGGGGAGUGCCCCCAUCUGGCCCCAGUCCCUGCCCUGGACCUUGACACCAUCAACAUCACCAAGGACCAAGAUGGCUGCGGUGACCACACCCACAGCCAAACCCACCCUGGGGCGGGGCUGGAGCAGGAGCUGGUGCAGGGACUGGAGCGGGUGGCCCUGGAUGGGGCUGGACCUCAGGGUGGAGGAGGAGGGGGCAACAAGCACAAUAGACAGCCCCCAAUACUGGCUGGGGGUGUGGCUGCCCGACUGGGGGGAGAAGGUGAGGAGAUGUUAGCGGAGGACUGGGCUGAGGAGGAGGAGAGCAGCGAGGAGGGAGUGCUGCAUGUGCCAGACACGGCCUUGCUCCUGCCGCUCCACGACCCUGACCUGUACGUGGAGAUGGUGAAGAGCACAAGCUCUGUGCCACAGUUUUCUGAGGUGGCCUACCCAGACUACUUUGGCCACGUGGCGCCCACCUCCCGAGAACACAUCCUGGAGAGGGUCUACGGCGUGCAGAGGACUAAGAUCUUCCAGGACAUUGAGAGGCUGAUCCACCCCAACGACAUCCUGGAUAAGGUGGUCUACGACUUGGACAUACAGAGUUGUCCAGUGGUUGACGGUGGCGAAUCUCUGAAGUUCAACUCUCAGUUUGAGUCUGGCAACCUGAGGAAAGCAGUUCAAAUCAGAAAGUUUGAGUACGACCUGGUCCUAAACUCCGACAUCAACAGUAACCACUACCACCAGUGGUUCUACUUUGAGGUGAGCGGCAUGCGCGUGGGAGCCCCCUAUCGCUUCAACAUCAUCAACUGUGAAAAGUCAAACAGCCAGUUCAACUACGGUAUGCAGGUUCUGAUGUACUCUGUACAGGAGGCCAUUAGCGGCAGGCCCCGUUGGGUUCGCACCGGAACGGACAUAUGUUACUACAAAAACCACUUCUCUAGGAGCUCGAUAGCAGCAGGUGGUCAGAAGGGGAAGUCCUACUACACCAUGACCUUCAGCAUGACCUUCAACCACAAGGACGAUGUCUGCUACUUUGCUUACCACUACCCUUACACCUACUCGACUCUAAAGAUGCACCUGCAGAAGCUGGAGGCUCUGAGAACCCCUCAGACCUACCUGCGCGAAGACGUCCUGUGUGAGACUCUGGGGGGAAAUAGCUGCCCCCUCCUCACCAUCACCGCCAUGCCCGAGUCCACCAGCAACGACCAGAUCUGCCAGUUCAGGAACCGGCCGCUGGUGUUCCUGUCAUCGCGGGUGCACCCAGGGGAGACCAACGCCAGCUGGGUGAUGAAGGGCACCCUGGAGUUCCUGAUGGGUAGCAGCCCCCUGGCACACAGUCUCAGGGAGGCCUACAUCUUCAAGAUCGUCCCCAUGCUCAACCCUGACGGAGUGGUCAAUGGCAAUCACCGUUGUUCUCUGAGCGGGGAGGAUCUGAACCGACAGUGGCAGAACCCCAGUCCUGAGCUGCAUCCUACCAUCUACCACACUAAGAGCCUGCUGCAGUACCUCGCUGCCAUCCAGAGGGCGCCAUUGGUGUUCUGUGACUACCACGGUCACUCCCGGAAGAAGAACGUGUUUAUGUAUGGUUGCAGUUUGAAGGAGACUGUAUGGGAGACCAACAUCAGCGCUACAUCCUGUGAGCUACAUGAAGACCUUGGUUAUAGGACUCUGCCUAAGAUCCUGUCCCAGAUGGCACCGGCCUUCAGCAUGGCCAGCUGUAGCUUUGUGGUGGAGCGCUCCAAGGAGGCCACGGCCCGCGUGGUGGUGUGGAGAGAGAUCGGAGUCCAGCGCAGCUACACCAUGGAAAGCACACUCUGCGGCUGUGACCAGGGCAAAUACAAGGGUCUUCAGAUAGGCACCAGAGAGCUAGAGGAGAUGGGAGCCCAGUUCUGUGUGGCUCUGCUAAGACUGAAGAGACUAACUUCCCCCCUGAAGCUGAGGAACCACGCACACCUUCUGGACGUCGAGAGUGACCUUACGGAGACACGCUGCAAAGGCUCCAGCACCCCUAGUACGUACUUGUUGGAGGAUGAAGAGGCAUCCUUCAUGGAGGAGGUGGACUACAGCGCCGAGAGUGGCGACGAACCCGACAACGACCCCAACACCGCCGACCCCCACGACAACCACCUCUCCGACUCCGAGUCCAACAACCAUAGAGACUCACUCACCUAGCUCAAACCCCCUGAUCACUACCCAACCAGAUAUCCCCAUUUUGCUCUGAAGUUACUUACUCCUCUCCCUCUGGCCUUGGUGCAUCAUGGAUACCACAUCCAUGCUAUAUCUGCCUUGCAUAUCUCAUGCAGAUUUAGAGCGUUAUAGAAUGAAUAGACACGUUAGACAAAUAACACAAGUUAACACAAGGGUUUUGUUGCAAUGUCGCCAUUUGUCAUGAAAAGUGUUACACAAAGAGAAUUUGUCUAUAGGUAAUUCUAUGGUUAGACACAAGUUGAGAUGGAAUGUACACCUUGGUCGUAUUUGCAUAAAUAGUACAGUAUGUCUCAAUUACCUACUAAUAACAGUAGCGCACAAUUGGCAUACCGGAAAGGUAGUAAGCAAAGUAGAACCAUUUGCACAUGUAACACAUCAACAUGCAUACCGUACACAUGAACACACGUACAGGGCAGAAGAAAAGGCACUUUUACAAUCCACCUCACAGUAAAAUGUCAAAAGCUCAGGCCAUAACUGACAUUGAUAACUGACAUUGAUGUUGUGGAUCUGUUUUCUGCUACUGAGAAGUAUAUGUAUUUCUCUAGUCUGCCUGUAAGCUUAGUUGGUUGUCCGUACAAUGCAAUGGUACUGAGUUUUAGGAAGGAUGGUGCUAUCUGGGAGUAGGUUAGACAUUUUAUUUUUUACUUGUAUUUUUUCUAGAUGUAAGUAGCUAUUAGGUUUUGGUUGUGUUUGUACAGUCGGUGCAUGACUAUUUUAAUGUUAUUCUUAUUUAUUUAGUUUUAUUUUAUUUGUGAGACGCACUGUGUGUGUGUUUAGUAGAUGGAAAUGCUAGACCACCAUAGAACUGGGCAGCCAAACGCUCUGUGUUUGUGGGAGUAAAAAAAGAAAACUGACUAAACCUUUUAAUUUGAUUGUAACACAAAUAAGUUGAAGCUUGCAAUGAAAUCAUGGGAAAUAAAUGUGAAUGU